UGAAGACGUUCUAGCGGAGGAAAGCUCUUUUGUCAGCACCUGCCCCGCGCUAUAUUCUGCUAUCAGUUGUUGCUUAGCAAUACAUACCCUACUAGUUUCGGUAUCCUAUACGUGUCUCACCCCCGCUGCUGCAACAGUCCUCCAAAAGCCGCUUCUAGGUGUCUCAAGCGUCGAAGCCGAGAGUCGCUUAUGCGUUGAAUAAUUUUAUUGUAACAAUUGUACUGUCGAGGGGCGAGUCAGCACAAGCUCUUCCAACAAAUCAAUAGCUUCACUGUGUUCUUGAAAUCUGUGUAUCCGUAUAGCUCACGAAUCGAACAUUGAUAUUUAGUUCUGCUCUACACGUUAUUGAUUCUGUGCGCAGUAUUUUACUUGGAAGUUUACUAAUAAUGGCUGACAAAGAGAUCCAUCGUCGAGCCUUCCGCCGGACCGACGACUACACACCUGGUUCGCCCAAGGUCAAACUUGUUCAUGAGCCUCUUCCUCUGCCCCUGAACCCGACAGCCGUACUUAUCAAAGUACACGCUAUCUCUUUGAACUAUAGAGAUGCUAACAUUGCCAAUGGUGGCAACCCAUGGCCAGUGAUACCUAACGGUAUACCCGGCAACGAUGCGGCGGGUGAAGUCGCCGCAGUGGGUGACAAAGUUACCUCCUUCAGGGUUGGAGACCGAGUCGCUCCAAUCACCGAUACAAAAUACCUGACAGCUCGCUCCGUCGGACGUUCAUGGCUUGCCGCCGAUGAGGACGGCGUGUUAGCCGACUACAUCGUGUUUGACGAGAUGACUGUAUGCAAGCUGCCGUCAUAUCUUCCCUGGGCAGCCGCGGCAACUAUACCAUGUGCAGGUGUCACAGCUUGGGCAGCUCUCAAGGGCAUGAUUAUUGGACAAACAGUGUUGAUACAAGGGACAGGUGGUGUGAGCGUCUUCGCCCUCAAGCUCGCUCGUACAGCUGGACUGCGCGUUAUCUUGUCCUCCUCAAGCGACAAAAAGCUCCGCCAAAUGCAGAAAGGUUAUCCUGACCUGCUCACUGUCAACUAUGCCACUAACAGGGAUUGGCACGAAGAAGUUCUGCAACAUACUGAUAGUGUAGGCGUUGAUAUUGUGAUUGAGAAUGGUGGCUCUUCAUCCCUGAUCCAGAGCCUAAGAUGUACUCGACGCGGCGGUAUCGUCAGCCAAGUCGGAUACCUCGGCGGAAAGGGCAAGGGAGAUGAACUUGCGGAGCUAGUACCGCUUCUGAUCGACAGAAGAAUACUGCUGAGAGGUAUCAAUUGCGGCUCUAAAGUCGACAUGGAAGAUUUGUGUAACGCGCUCUCGGCCAAUCGAACCCCUCUUGACGAUAUCAUCGAUAGAGUACAGCCAUUCGAGGAGGCUGAGGCGGCUAUACAAUACAUAUGGGAGGGAAAACAAAUUGGCAAAAUUGUGCUCGAUGUUUAAUUAUAAUUCAUGUCAGCAUAUGUACAGUCCAUCGCGAGCGUGGGGGGUGAAUACACUUUGGCAACCGGUAGGCUCAAAUAGAAUAAUUGAUAAAGACACGAAGAAUUGGCGUGUCUAAAUUCCGUGAUCAUACGGUUUUGUGGGA